AUGUCACAAUAUCAAACACCAUCUGGUUCAAAAACUACUAAGCCUACUCACAAGGAUAGAAUGCCUUCAAUGGACUUUCUUGAUGAAGAAAUUUUGGAUGUGAUUCCCCUGUCUGUUAUUCCAGGCGAAGCUCCAGACUCAAACCAUCCCAUGGAUGCAUCUACUUAUGCAUGCCCCACUCAAGGUAACAACUCUAGUAUCCCUUCUAGCUCUACUCAUGCCACUAGUUCUAAGGACGACAUGCACCACACUGAUCGUGUCAUAAGAAACCUAGUCACUAGAAUCCUCAAUGAAGGACAUUCUGAGAAGGGAGUUUUUACUCCUCUAUCUAGAAUGGACCCCUCUCCCGAGGUUGAACCUCAUAGUGAGAAGGAUGAUGAUUCCUCUAGAUCUGAGAAGGAUAUGGUUGCUGAAGGUUUGUGCCCUUUAGGGCAAACUGUGUCUGGUAAGAAAUCUGUGGCAUCUACUACUGCCAAUACUUCGCAGUCUGAGAAGCAUGAUUCUGCAAACAAUGUGAUUGACCUAGAGGAUGAUAGGUAUGAUGAUCAAGAUGAUAACUUACUUCACCAUUUAAAACCUAGUGUGGCUAAGCGGAUGAAGACUAGAAAAGGUAGAUCUGUGGCUGAAAUGAUGUCAGCCAAAAUAGCUAAGAAGACUACUGGUGUAGGUCCCUCAAAAUCCUGGAGAAAAGUUGAUAUGAAGAAGAGGAAGGUAAGAGAAGUUUCUGAGUCUGGCGAAGAUGUCCCUGACAUCGCCCCUGUGAAGAGGACAAUUGUGAGGAAGUCCCCUGUAAAGGCUGUUGUUUGCUAUGAAGGAUUGGUUAAGGAAUUCGUUGUCAACAUUCCUGAAGAUAUUGCUGAUAAAAACAGCAAGGAAUUUUAUAAAGUGUUUGUAAGAGGGAAGUGUAUCACAUUUUCUCCCACUAUGAUUAACAAGUUUUUGGGAAGAGGUACAAAAGGUGCUUGUGAAUUGGAAGCCACUGACAAUGAGGUUUGUAGAGAAAUUUCAGCAAGACAGAUGAAGGAGUGGCCUAGUAAAAAGCAUCUCCCUGUUGGGAAGCUGACUAUUAAGUAUACCAUGUUACAUAAGAUAAGGUCUGCAAAUUGGCCAGCCUCAAAAGGUGGUCUUAUUGCUGAGCUGAAGGAAACUUGUAAAGAGUUGGAUACAAGGAUAAGGGUAGCAACAACCAGGAAAGAAGCAUUGGAGGCUCUUAUUGCUAGCUUGGAGAAGCUGAAAGAGAGAAUAUUGGACAAGCUAAGGAAGCAGAAGCCCAAACCUCUAUCAUGCAAGCUCAAGCUCCUCUGA